GUAUUAUCCAAUUUUGCAAGCAUAUUCCCAGUGGAGCUGACCGACGUCGUUUUGGGUCGCAAUUGAGUGUUCUCUUUUUGUUUCACAGAUUGGACUCUCUCAACCACGUCCGGAUUUGUAGUUUGACCUCCGAACCCCUCAAUCGCUCUCUUCAGCUACGCCCAAGGAAUUUAGAAUUGAAAUAUAAUCAUGGAGGGGGUUGGAGGUGAUGGUCCCUCAACAGCUGCUGCAGCUCUGAACCAGAGAAGACAUGAAUUUUCAAAGCUGUUCCAGUACUAUUUGGAUAAAUCAACGCCACAUGCUCUUUAUCGGUGGAUCGGAACAUUUGCCAUACUGUUUGUUUAUGCACUGAGAGUGUACUACCUUCAAGGGUUUUACAUUGUUAGCUACGGUCUUGGGAUCUACCUUCUGAACCUACUCAUUGGGUUUUUGUCACCUCUUGUUGACCCAGAGAUGGAACCAUCAGAUGGUCCUAUGCUUCCCACGAAGGGUUCUGAUGAAUUCAAACCUUUCAUUCGCCGCCUUCCUGAGUUCAAAUUUUGGUAUGCAGUAACGAAGGCAUUUUGUAUAGCAUUUGUGCUGACCUUCUUCUCCAUGUUUGAUGUGCCUGUUUUCUGGCCUAUACUAUUGUUCUACUGGCUUGUUCUUUUUGUUUUGACGAUGAAGCGCCAAAUAAUGCAUAUGAUCAAGUACAAAUAUAUCCCGUUUAGCAUUGGAAAGCAGACAUACAAAGGGAAAAAACCUGCUGCGAGUUCCAGCAGUGACUGAACGGUCCUCGACUCCAUGACUCAACCAGCUUAAGAAGAUUCGAAGGGGACUGAGUUUCUCGGAUAGAUAAGCGUACAUGGUGGAAACAAGACAAGAAGGCACCGGAGAUUGCCGUUUUAUAUAGUUUAGUUUAUUUGGUAUAUGUAUUUACACACUGAAGAUGUUGGCAUGCACCCCACCCCACCCCGCCCCAGUUCAUUGUUACUUUAGUAUGGCAGCGAACAGCUAUUGAAUUUGCUGCAGGAAAGGAAAGAAUAGCAAAAAACAGAAAGAUUCAAUUCGUCUUGGAUGCAUUUCUGGAGUAUUGAACAUUGAUUGUAAUAUGAUGAUGAUGAUGAUGAUCUCUCCACUGCUAUUGCUGUGCUGAAUGCAGAUCGUUACGUAUAUCUGCAUUUAACACCUGAAUAUUACUUGGAUUUUUAUAUUAGAGUAAAAUAUACUCUGUUUUGGUCCU